GUCGAUCGGUGGAAGUCAUUCACAGAAAAGGGAUACUGCACAGGAGACCUACGCAAAGCGGAGAUUGCGGUUUAUGCGUUGCGUUUUACGUACGGUAGAGUUUACUCCAGAGAAAGGACAUCGGAAGGCUACAGAAGGAUUGCUUCCUGUUUCAGCAAUAUUCCCGCAUCCUCAAAGAUGACAUGAUCGUGAUGCCUCUGGACCAGGAGGGGACAAGAAGAAAGCCAGAGAGUGAAAGACCAAAAAAGACUUUGGGCUUCUGAAGGAAGAAAUGAAAGGAGCCAGAACAUUCUUAGAAGGUGCAUUCCAGAGGCCCACCUUGGCAGCUAGAGGAGAGGAGAGGUCGGCCUCCAUCACCAUGACAGUGUUGCCACGGACCGUGGCUUCCCUGGCUGUGCCCGGCCUUAUCCUCUGUUUCAUCACUCUUCCAUUUCCUGCUAUACUAUCCCAGAGGUCCCCUCUCCCCACAGAACCCUCCCCCACCCCAGCACCCCACACAAGGCCGGAGUGUACCCGCCUAGAGCACCCCGUCAUCUCUAUUCAAGCUCUAAGUCAUUUGAUCUCCAGUUUCUCCCAUCCUGGUAUAAGGGACUACUCUCAGCUGACCCUUGACCUCACCAGGAAUGAACUUAUAGUGGGAGCAAGAAACUACCUCUUCAGACUGAAUCUAAACAACAUUUCACUAAUUCAGGCGACGGAAUGGGGCCCAGACGAAGACACCAGGAGGUCCUGUCAAAGCAAAGGGAAGACGGAGGUGGAGUGUCAAAACUACAUCCGGGUGUUGCUUGUCAACAAGACAGAGGUGAUCACCUGCGGUACCAAUGCCUUCCAGCCCCUUUGCAUCACCAGAGAGGUAGGGAACAUGAGCAGAGUGUUGGAGAGGGUGAACGGAGUGGCCCGCUGCCCCUAUGACCCACGUCAUAAUUCGACGGCUGUGGUGACCGAAAGCGGAGAGCUGCAGUUUUUUAGAGCAGCCCUGGCCUGUCAAGAGCCUCACUUCAUCUCGGCUUACGACGUGGGUCUUUUCACCUUCUUCUUCUUGAGGGAAAACGCAGUGGAACACGACUGCGGUAAGACGGUGUACUCGCGGGUGGCGCGGGUGUGUAAGAACGACAUAGGGGGCCGCUUCUUGCUGGAAGACACGUGGACCACCUUCACAAAGGCCCGACUCAACUGCUCACGGUCGGGAGAGAUCCCCUUCUACUACAAUGAACUACAGAGCACCUUCUACCUGCCCGAACAGGAUCUCAUCUAUGGCAUCUUCACCACCAACGUGAACAGCAUUGCUGCCUCUGCAGUUUGCGCGUAUAACCUCAGCGCAAUCAUGCAGGCUUUCAGUGGGCCCUUCCGCUCCCAGGAGAACCCUCGCUCCACGUGGCUGCCCACCCCGAACCCCAUCCCUAACUUUCAGUGUGGGACCAUAGAGGAAGAAGGGCCUAAUGAAGGACUGACUGAACGCAGUCUGCAGGACGCUCAGCGGCUCUACCUCAUGAAUGACGUGGUUCAGCCUGUUUCUGUGGACCCGCUGGUUUGGCAGGAUGAUGUGCGGUUCUCUAAGUUGGUUGUUGACAUUGUACAGGGGCAGGAUACUUUGCACCACGUCAUGUACAUAGGCACAGAGUAUGGAACUAUUCUUAAGGCCCUGGCAACCACUAAUAAGAGCCUGCAAGGUUGCUACUUGGAGGAGAUGCAACUCUUCCCUCCUGCUCUGCGGGAGCCAAUCCUGAGCCUUCAGAUUCUCCAUGGCGACAGGACUCUUUUUGUGGGCCUGAAUGACAAAGUGCUGAAGAUCCCUCUGGCGAGGUGCUCCAGCUUCAAAACAGAAUUGAUGUGUUUGGAUGCAAGAGACCCUUACUGUGGUUGGGACCGAAAGCAGCGCCGUUGCACCACCAUAGAAGACAGCUCCAACAUGAGCCAGUGGUUCCAGAACAUCACUGCCUGUCCGCUGAGGAACCAAACCACAGAUGGCGCAUACGGGCCCUGGGCUCCAUGGCAACCCUGUAGCCACGAUGACGGCGAAGGCACCAGCACGUGUCUUUGCCGAUCACGGGCUUGCGAUGGUCCGCCCCCUCGCUGCGGAGGUAAAAACUGCGAGGGUCCCACCAUUGAGGUGUCCAACUGUUCAAGGAAUGGAGGUUGGACUCCCUGGUCGUCCUGGGGCCAGUGCAGCACAAGCUGUGAGAUUGGGUUUGAAGUCCGCCAGCGAUCCUGUAACAAUCCUUCGCCCAGGCAUGGUGGCCGAGUGUGUGUGGGGCAAAGCAGAGAACAGAGAUUCUGCAAUGAGAAGAUGUCGUGCCCUCAACCGAUCUUCUGGUCAUCAUGGUCGCCCUGGUCCAAGUGCAGCUCAGAGUGUGGAGGAGGGGUGCACUCUCGCUCCAGGAACUGUGAGAAUGGAAAUAGCUGUCCAGGAUGUGCGCUGGAGUACCAGGCAUGUAAUCUGGAGUCCUGUCCGGAGGUGCGCCGAAACACCCCAUGGACCCCUUGGGUCCCAGUGAACAUAACCCAGGGAGGGGCACGGCAGGAGCAAAGAGUACGCUACAUCUGCCGGGCCCAACUGGCUGACCCUCAUGAGCUUCAACUAGGCAAGCGUAAAGUAGAGACACGCUUCUGCCCCAAUGACGGGACGGUAACCUGUGAUACAGACUCUCUCGUUGAGGAGCUUCUCAAGACGCCUGGUGUACGACUGACAGGCUCUGGCUGGUCAUCGUGGGAGAUGUGGUCAGCUUGCACUCAGGAGUGUGCCAAAGGCUACCGCUCUCGCAAACGCACCUGCACCAGCGCAGAGGGCAAAAGCAUUCCCACCGCCUGCCGGGGAUCUCCAGUAGAAUAUCAGGACUGCAAUCCUCAGCUCUGUCCAGUUAACGGCGCCUGGUCUUGCUGGUCAUCAUGGUCGCAGUGUUCGGUGCCCUGUGGAGGUGGGCACUAUCAACGAACGCGCACAUGCACCAGCCCUGCCUCUGCCAAUGGAGGGGACAUCUGCAUCGGCUUGCACACAGAGGAGGCUCUUUGCAACACGCACACCUGUGAUGGUGGGUGGAUGGCCUGGUCAGUGUGGUCUGAGUGCGAUGACUCGGGCCUGCAGCUGCGCAGUCGAGUGUGCGGGGCUCAAUCCACACCAUGUGUGGGAAACAGCUCCCAGCACCGAGACUGCAAUGAGAUCCCAGCCAUUCUCCCGGCAUCUAGCUAUGAGAAGGACCAGCAGUGUGGGGGGUUCACUCUGCUUCACCUGAUAGCUACAGGUGUGUCAUGCUUCCUGGGUGCCGGUCUGCUGUCCUUCCUGGUGUAUGUGUACUGUCAGCGGUUCCAUAAGCCCUCGCAGGAGUCUGCCGUCAUCCAUCCCACCACUCCCAACCACCUCAACUACAAGGGCAACACCACACCAAAGAAUGAGAAAUACACACCCAUGGAGUUUAAGACUCUGAAUAAGAACAAUUUGCUGCCGGAUGAGAGGACCAACUACUUCCCUUCACCGCUUCAGCAGACGAACGUGUACACCACCACAUACUACCCUACAGCUCUGGGCAAAUAUGACUACCGACCAGACUCCUCGCCGUCUCCUUGCAGAACCUAUAACCACAGCUGAGACACGUGUCCCAUCCGUAGCUUUAUCGCCAUCUCCUAAACGCCUCCACUUCCACCACCCACACACUCUGCACCCGAUGAGGUGCUUAUUCCAACAUUCCAGCCAAUUUUUCCCCUAAGAUCUCUCCCCCGAGGACCGUGUCACCUAAGUCACGCCUUACGGUGUCCGACGGGGGAAAAGUCCAGUGAUUCAAACAGCACUUUUUAAAGAUUGUGUAGCUACACUGACUUUGAUAAACUGAUGUCUCGAUUGAUCGCUGCAGAACUCCCGUUACUGGAAAGAGGUUUUGCUGAAGCUCAAGGUGGGAAGACAAAAUUGUUCUGGCAUUCCGUACCACUCCAACAAUAUCCAUUACAGGAAAUGCAAUCUGCCGCACUGUGGCAGUUCUUUUUGAAACUACAGAAGAAGAAUAGGCGGACACCAGACAAAAGAGAGCAAUCAAUGGUGACAUUAUUAGGUUUGGUUAGAAUGGCGGAAUUGUUACCUUUGGAUGCAAAUGUAAGGACAUCCCACUGACUUCCGACCUUUGACGGGCAAAUCUCUGACAAAAGAGGAUGGGUUGCAGGAUCAAUGCAUCUCCUGGGUGAACUCUUCAGAUACGAGUUCGGAAGCAAGCUGCAGAAAAAAGAACAGCUUAAAAUAGGAUGCUAUUCAGAACGGACUCUUAUCAGAACCGAAAUAUAGAUUUUUUAUCACGUUAAAAGGCCAGAAGAAUGCGUCAUUAUUUCCCUGAAAAGUCGAAACGCCUUUCCUUCUUGCGAAUGCAUGGGAAUCGAGGAAUAUUGCACCAACAUGGAAUAUGCUUAGAUCUGAAGCAAACAUGUUCUACUCUCUUACUGUAAGUCCCGGUGGUCAUAUUAAAUAUGACUGGGUUCAAACUGAGACGGACUAUAUUUUAUUAUGAAAAAAAUGUAGGAAAUACUGAUAGCUUGGCACUUGUUUUAUACGAUUAUUUUAAAGAGGGAAUUAUUCAGCAGUUGUAGGAUAGAUGGACUAUAGAGUUUAUUUAAGAUAUGAGUUCAAACAUUGAUGGAGUUAUACUGAACAUUUCAUAUAUUAUUUUUUAUUAUUGUUUCCAGAUGGUAUAUUCCUAACCACCAUCACAUUCAUCAGAGAUACGAACGAAGGUGUACACCGUUAUAUGAGCAUCAUAUAUUCAUGAAAUUGCCUAGAGAGUCAACAACACAGAAAUGAUCAAUGGAUCACUGUCUUUGUCACAUCGAACAAUAUCUAAAAAAUGAAUCUUUGUGCAGCACUAUGUGCUCAACUCAGAUUUUAUUUUGCCCAUGUGUUGACAUGCUUCCCAGCGGCAUCACGCCCACAUUCCAGAAUCAACUCAACAGUUAUCGAUAAAAGCGAUUCAGGAACGGCAACUCUCGUCGGGAUAUAGUAUUUAUGGUAUUGCUUGGUUUCUAAAGGGCAUUGAAAACUAAACUAAACUAUUUUAUCAUGCUCGUUUAAUGAAUGCUAAGCCAGCCAUGCUUUCAGCUAAGCAUGAGUACAUGGGUUGUAAAUAAGUGAUGUCCCACAGCGGAAAAAAGUAAUGCCACGCAAAGGUUAGUAUAAUGUACACGUAUAUUGUAAAGCUAACACUGUUUUUUAAACGCCUUAUAGUUGUAAAAUAAUAUGUGCAGCAGCUGUGUAAAUAUACCAACCGUAGGGAUUGUGUGGGGAUGGAGCCUGUCAGUGUCCAGAGAUUGACUGCAAGAGAGAGACCAUCUUGUGGACCGACCCUGAUCGAUAACUUCAACGAUUAUUAAUUAGAGUCCCUACAAAACUAUUAGAGUGUUUGUACUUUUAUUCAUCUGUUCAUAAUUCAUAUGAAUUGAUUUUUGCCAUUCAUGACAAGGUUCACAAAAUUAACAUGAAUUACGUUGCUUCAAUAUCAUACUCAAAUACAGUCUUUAAUUGUUUUGAUGCUGUUGGAUCCUGUUCAAAUUAUUUAAUGGGGAUUUUUUUUAUCUUCAAGAUGCUUGCAUACUGAGCCUUUUCAUUGAAAAAAACAAACAAAUCUACCGAAGAGUCCAAAAA